GGUCCGGUGCGGUCUCGGUCUCGCAGCUCGUGGCCGCUCCGCUCUAGCGCCCUGCGCCCCGCGCCUUACCUUCCGGGGCCAGCGGGCCGGGGAUGCGCGCGGUCCCCGGGAGCCAUGGUCCGCUUCGGGGACGAGCUGGGCGGCCGCUAUGGGGGCGCGAGCGGCGGGGAGCGGGCCCGGGGCGGCGGGGCCGGGGGCGCGGGCGGCCCAGGCCCCGGAGGGCUGCAGCCCGGCCAGCGGGUGCUCUACAAGCAGUCGAUCGCGCAGCGUGCGCGGACCAUGGCACUGUACAACCCCAUCCCGGUCAAGCAGAACUGCUUCACCGUCAACCGCUCGCUCUUCGUCUUCAGCGAGGACAACGUCGUCCGAAAAUACGCCAAGCGCAUCACCGAGUGGCCUCCUUUCGAGUACAUGAUCCUGGCCACCAUCAUCGCCAACUGCAUUGUGCUGGCUCUGGAGCAGCACCUCCCUGACGGCGACAAGACGCCCAUGUCCGAGCGCCUGGAUGACACAGAACCCUAUUUCAUUGGCAUUUUCUGCUUUGAGGCGGGGAUCAAGAUCAUCGCUCUGGGCUUCGUUUUCCACAAGGGCUCCUACCUUCGGAACGGCUGGAACGUCAUGGACUUCGUGGUGGUCCUCACAGGGAUCCUUGCCACGGCUGGAACUGACUUUGACCUGCGCACACUGAGGGCUGUGCGUGUGCUAAGGCCCCUGAAGCUGGUGUCUGGGAUCCCAAGUUUACAGGUGGUGCUCAAGUCCAUCAUGAAGGCCAUGGUUCCGCUGCUGCAGAUCGGGCUGCUUCUCUUCUUCGCCAUCCUCAUGUUUGCCAUCAUUGGCCUCGAGUUCUACAUGGGGAAAUUCCACAAGGCCUGUUUCCCCAACAGCACAGAUGCGGACCCUGUCGGUGACUUCCCCUGUGGCAAGGACGCCCCAGCCCGGCUUUGUGAGGGUGACACCGAGUGCCGGGAGUACUGGCCGGGACCCAACUUUGGCAUCACCAACUUUGACAACAUCCUGUUUGCCAUCUUGACCGUGUUCCAGUGCAUCACUAUGGAGGGCUGGACCGACAUCCUCUACAAUACAAAUGAUGCAGCUGGCAAUACCUGGAACUGGCUCUACUUCAUCCCUCUCAUCAUCAUUGGCUCCUUCUUCAUGCUCAACCUGGUGCUGGGAGUGCUCUCAGGAGAGUUUGCCAAGGAGCGAGAACGGGUGGAAAAUCGCCGCGCCUUCCUGAAGCUGCGCCGGCAGCAGCAGAUCGAGCGGGAGCUGAACGGGUACCUGGAGUGGAUCUUCAAGGCUGAGGAAGUCAUGCUGGCUGAGGAGGAUAAGAACGCGGAGGAGAAGUCCCCCUUGGAUGCAGUGUUGAAGAGAGCUGCCACCAAGAAGAGCCGAAACGACCUGAUCCAUGCAGAGGAGGGUGAGGACCGAUUUGCAGAUCUCUGUGCGGUCGGGUCCCCCUUCACCCGGACUAGCCUGAAGAGUGGAAAGACAGAGAGCUCGUCAUACUUUCGGAGGAAGGAGAAGAUGUUCCGGUUCUUCAUCCGACGCAUGGUGAAGGCGCAGAGCUUCUACUGGGUGGUGCUGUGUGUGGUGGCCCUGAAUACACUGUGUGUGGCCAUGGUGCACUACAACCAGCCGCAGCGGCUCACCACAGCACUGUACUUUGCAGAGUUUGUUUUCCUGGGUCUCUUCCUCACCGAGAUGUCCUUGAAGAUGUAUGGCCUGGGGCCCAGAAGCUACUUCCGGUCUUCCUUCAACUGCUUUGAUUUUGGGGUCAUCGUGGGGAGCAUUUUUGAAGUGGUGUGGGCUGCCAUCAAGCCAGGAACCUCCUUUGGGAUCAGCGUGCUGCGGGCACUCCGGUUGCUGAGGAUCUUCAAAGUCACAAAGUACUGGAACUCCCUGCGGAACCUGGUGGUGUCUCUGCUCAACUCCAUGAAGUCCAUCAUCAGCCUCCUGUUCCUGCUCUUCUUGUUCAUCGUGGUCUUUGCUCUGCUUGGGAUGCAGCUCUUUGGGGGACAGUUCAACUUUAAAGAUGAGACUCCAACAACCAACUUUGACACCUUUCCCGCUGCCAUCCUCACUGUCUUCCAGACUGGGCCAGACCAGGCGAUUGGUCCCAGUGAUGUUCACGACUGCCCCUUCUCACGUCUGCUCCCUCACGGCCCUCUUGCUGGGAGCCCUGCGUCCAUCCACUUGGUCACGGGCACACAGAGCCAGCUCUCCCAGAUCCUGACAGGAGAGGACUGGAAUGCAGUGAUGUAUCAUGGGAUCGAAUCGCAAGGUGGGGUCAGCAAAGGCAUGUUCUCCUCCUUUUACUUCAUCGUCCUGACGCUGUUUGGAAACUAUACCCUGCUGAAUGUCUUCCUGGCCAUAGCUGUGGACAACCUUGCCAACGCCCAGGAACUGACCAAGGAUGAAGAGGAGAUGGAAGAAGCAGCCAAUCAGAAGCUUGCCCUGCAGAAAGCCAAAGAAGUUGCUGAAGUCAGCCCCAUGUCUGCCGCCAACAUCUCCAUUGCUGCCUUUGUAAAGCAAACUCGAGGUACUGUAUCUCGCAGCUCAUCUGUCUCCAGCGUAAAUUCACCCAGGCAGCAGAACUCGGCCCGGGCACGGUCCGUGUGGGAGCAGCGAGCCAGCCAGCUGCGGCUACAGAACCUGCGGGCCAGCUGUGAGGCACUGUACAGUGAGAUGGACCCCGAGGAGCGACUACGGUAUGCCACCUCACGCCACUUGCGGCCCGACAUGAAGACGCACCUGGACCGGCCUCUGGUGGUGGAGCACAGCCGAGAUGGACCUCGGGGUCCCACCGGUGGCAAAGCCCAGUCCGAGGCCACGGAGGCUAUGGACCCACCUCGACGGCACCACCGGCACCGAGACAGGGACAAGGCCCCCACCACACUGCCCUCAGCCAGUGAGCAGGCCCAGGACCAGGCAGGUGCACAGAGAGCAGACCGGAUGGACGGCGCGGAGCCAGGGGCCCGGGGGGAGCAUGCGCGCCCCCGCCACAGCCGCAGCAAGGAGGCCACCGGUGGCCAGGAGGCCCGGGGGGAGCGCAGCCGGGGCCCUGAGGGCGGCAGGCGCCACCACCGCAUGCACCGGCAUGGGCCCGACCCGAGCAAGGACAAGGACAAGGACGGUCCUGUGGCCAAGGGCGAGCGGCGAGCUCGGCACCGGGGGCCCCGUGCAGGGCCCAAGGAGGCAGAAAGUGGCGAGGAGCCUGGGCGCCGGCACCGAGCGCGGCACAAGGCACCACCCACGCAGGAGGCCAUGGAGAAGGAGGGCGAGGGCCCCGAAGGGGACCAGGAGGUCCGGAGCCGCCAGCUCAAGGACCCUCCCUGUGACCUGGAGGCCCGUGGGGUGAUGGGUGUGGACCCUGUGCAUGCACUCCCCAGCACCUGUCUUCAGAAGGUGGAGGAACAACCAGAGGAUGCAGAUAAUCAGCGGAAUGUCACUCGGAUGGGCAGUCAACCCUCAGACCCAAGCACCGCUGUGCAUGCCCCAGUAACACUGACAGACCCUGCUGGGGAGACCACAGCAGUUCCCAGUGGUAACGUGGACCUGGAAAGCCAAGCAGAGGGGAAGAAGGAAGUGGAAGCUGAUGAUAUGCUGAGGAGUGGCCCCCGGCCCAUUGUUCCGUACAGCUCCAUGUUCUGUCUAAGCCCCACUAACCUGCUCCGUCGCUUCUGCCAUUCCAUUGUGACGAUGCGCUACUUCGAGACGGUCAUCCUUGUGGUCAUUGCCCUGAGCAGCAUCGCCCUGGCUGCCGAGGACCCUGUGCGGACAGACUCGUCCAGAAACAAUGCUCUGAAGUACAUGGAUUACAUCUUCACAGGUGUCUUCACUUUUGAGAUGGUGAUAAAGAUGAUUGACUUGGGGCUGUUACUUCACCCUGGAGCCUACUUCCGGGACCUGUGGAACAUUCUGGACUUCAUUGUGGUCAGUGGGGCCCUGGUGGCCUUUGCCUUCUCGAGCUUCAUGGGAGGAUCCAAAGGGAAAGACAUCAACACCAUCAAGUCCCUGAGGGUUCUACGUGUCCUGAGGCCCCUGAAGACUAUCAAACGGCUGCCUAAGCUUAAGGCUGUGUUUGACUGUGUGGUGAACUCUCUGAAGAAUGUCCUGAACAUCCUGAUUGUUUACAUGCUCUUCAUGUUCAUAUUUGCCGUCAUUGCAGUACAGCUCUUCAAAGGGAAGUUUUUCUACUGCACUGAUGAAUCCAAGGAGCUGGAGAGGGACUGCAGGGGUCAGUAUUUGGAUUAUGAGAAGGAGGAAGUGGAAGCACAGCCAAGGCAAUGGAAGAAAUAUGACUUCCACUACGACAAUGUGCUCUGGGCCCUGCUGACACUGUUCACAGUGUCCACGGGAGAAGGGUGGCCUAUGGUGCUGAAACACUCUGUGGAUGCCACCUAUGAGGAGCAGGGACCAAGCCCUGGGUUUCGCAUGGAGCUCUCCAUCUUCUAUGUGGUCUACUUUGUGGUCUUCCCCUUUUUCUUUGUCAACAUCUUCGUGGCCUUGAUCAUCAUCACCUUCCAGGAGCAGGGGGACAAGGUGAUGUCUGAAUGCAGCCUGGAGAAGAAUGAGAGGGCUUGCAUUGACUUCGCCAUCAGCGCCAAGCCCCUGACACGAUACAUGCCUCAAAAUAGGCAGUCAUUCCAGUAUAAGACGUGGACGUUCGUAGUCUCUCCGCCCUUCGAGUACUUCAUCAUGGCCAUGAUAGCUCUCAACACUGUGGUGCUGAUGAUGAAGUUCUACGAUGCACCCUACGAGUAUGAGCUGAUGCUGAAAUGCCUGAAUAUUGUGUUCACAUCCAUGUUCUCCAUGGAAUGCGUGCUGAAGAUCAUCGCCUUUGGGGUGCUGAACUAUUUCAGAGAUGCCUGGAAUGUCUUUGACUUUGUCACUGUGUUGGGAAGUAUUACUGAUAUUUUAGUAACAGAGAUUGCGGAAACGAACAACUUCAUCAACCUUAGCUUCCUGCGCCUCUUCAGAGCUGCACGGCUCAUUAAACUGCUCCGCCAGGGCUACACCAUCCGCAUCCUGCUGUGGACUUUUGUCCAGUCUUUCAAGGCGCUGCCCUACGUGUGCCUCCUCAUCGCCAUGCUGUUCUUCAUCUACGCCAUCAUCGGCAUGCAGGUGUUUGGCAACAUUGCCUUGGACGAUGACACCAGCAUCAAUCGGCACAACAACUUCCGGACGUUCUUGCAAGCCUUGAUGCUCCUGUUCAGGAGUGCCACAGGGGAGGCCUGGCACGAGAUCAUGCUGUCUUGCCUGAGCAACCGGGCCUGUGACCCAAAUGCCAAUGCCAGCGAGUGCGGGAGUGACUUUGCCUACUUUUACUUCGUAUCCUUUAUCUUCCUUUGCUCCUUUCUGAUGCUGAACCUCUUUGUGGCUGUCAUCAUGGAUAACUUUGAGUACCUCACGCGGGACUCUUCCAUCCUGGGGCCGCACCACCUAGACGAGUUCAUCCGGGUCUGGGCCGAGUACGACCCGGCUGCAUGUGGGCGCAUCAGUUACAAUGACAUGUUUGAGAUGCUGAAACACAUGUCCCCACCUCUGGGGCUGGGGAAGAAAUGCCCUGCUCGAGUUGCAUACAAGCGCCUGGUUCGCAUGAACAUGCCUAUCUCCAGUGAGGAUAUGACAGUGCACUUCACCUCCACACUGAUGGCCCUCAUUCGGACAGCAUUGGAGAUCAAGCUGGCCCCAGCUGGGACAAAGCAGCACCAGUGUGAUGCGGAGCUGAGGAAGGAGAUUUCCUCAGUGUGGGCCAAUCUGCCCCAGAAGACUCUAGACUUACUGGUACCACCCCACAAGCCUGAUGAGAUGACAGUGGGGAAAGUCUAUGCAGCCCUGAUGAUAUUCGACUUUUACAAACAGAACAAAACCACCCGAGACCAGAUUCACCAAGCUCCAGGAGGCCUGUCCCAGAUGGGCCCCGUGUCCCUGUUCCAUCCUCUGAAGGGCACCCUGGAGCAGACACAGCCGGCUAUGCUCCGAGGAGCUCGAGCUUUCCUUCGGCAGAAGAGUUCCACCUCCCUUAGCAACGGUGGGGCCAUACAAACCCAAGAGAGUGGCAUCAAGGAGUCGGUGUCCUGGGGCACACAGAGGACCCAGGAAGCACUCUACGAGGCCAGGGCGCCACUGGAACGUGGCCAUUCUGCAGAGAUCCCUGUGGGGCAGCGGGGAACACUGGCUGUGGAUGUCCAGAUGCAGAGCGCCGCCCUGAGGGACCCGGAUGGAGAGCCCCAACCUGGGCUGCAGAGUCAGGGCCGAGCCGCCUCUAUGCCCCGCCUGGCCGCAGAAACACAGCCUGCUCCUGACGCCAGUCCCAUGAAGCGCUCCAUCUCCACGCUGGCCCAGCGCCCCCAUGGGGCCCACCUCUGCAGUGCUGCCCUGGACCGCCUGGCCCCCGGCCAGGUGCCACAUCACCAUCAUCACCGCUGCCACCGUCGCAGGGACAAGAAGCAGAAGUCCUUGGAAAAGGGGCCCAGCCUGUCUGCCGACACAGAUGGUGCACCCAGCAGCACCCCAGGACCUGGCCUGGCCCCAGGCGAGGGGCCCGCAGGCUGCCGGCACGAGCGCAGGCAAGGACGUGGCCGGUCCCAGGAGCGGAGGCAGCCCUCGUCCUCGUCCUCCGAGAAGCAGCGCUUCUACUCCUGUGACCGCUUUGGGGGCCGGGAGCCCCCACAGCCCAAGCCCUCUGUCAGCAGCCACCCCACGUCUCCGACAGCUGGGCUGGAGCCGGCGCCUGCCCCCCAGGGUGGUGGCUCCGUCACUGGCAGCCCCUUGCUGUCCACAUCUGGUGCUAGCACCCCAGGCCGAGGUGGGCGGAGGCAGCUCCCGCAGACCCCCCUGACGCCCCGCCCCAGCAUCACCUACAAGACGGCCAACUCCUCGCCUGUCCACUUUGGCGGGGCUCAGAGCAGCCUCUCAGCCUUCUCCCCUGGCCGGCUAAGCCGAGGACUUUCUGAACACAAUGCCCUGCUCCAGAGAGACCCCCUGAGCCAACCCCUGGCCCCUAGCUCUCGCAUCGGCUCCGACCCUUACCUGGGGCAGCGCCUGGACAGCGAGGCCUCUGCCCACGCCUUGCCUGAGGACACGCUCACCUUUGAGGAGGCCAUGGCCAGCAACUCAGGCCGCUCCUCCAGGACUUCCUAUGUGUCCUCCCUGACCUCCCAGUCCCACCCCCUGCGCCGCGUGCCCAAUGGCUACCACUGCACUCUGGGACUCAGCACCGGCGGCCGGGCUCGGCACAGUUACCACCACCCUGACCAAGACCACUGGUGCUAGCUGCACCGCGACUGCCGUGCACCUGGCCGGCGGUGUGCGCUCCAGUUGAUGAGUUUUAUCAUCUGCACUGGGCUCGGGCUGCAGCCCCUGGACGAGGGGCCUCACUGGUGGCCUCUGUGGUAGAGGCUCCCCCUUUUACACUGGAAGGACUAAUACAGCCCUUCCUCAGAGGGUUGUGGCUGUGUCUGUCCCCCUUGUGUGCUGCCUUCCUGGCUCUUGUGCCACACAUCACGAUCCUGAGCCGGAGGUGGCUGAGUUGAGAGGGACCCAGCGGGUCCACACCCCACGUCGUGGCCCCCAGCAUCCAGGGCGUGUGCUCAGACCUGCGGUAGGAGGUCUGAAUCUCGUGGCAGCACCCUGUAUCCAGAUUGUUGUGUGGAGGGUAGGGGCAUGCCUGAAAGCAUGAAGAGGGCCCAGCCAUGGCCGGGCAUCUCUUGCCGGCCUCUGUGAUUCUGUGUCUGUCGUUGCUUGUGGCACUGAACAGCAGAUGUAUGUAGAAACACACUGUCCUUCCCCAAUCACUGUUGCCCCAAAAGGGACCAAAUCCAGAGAACGUUUGUGCUGUCGAUUCCGGUUUUUGGUCACAACACCCUUCACUCUUUGUCAUUUCAAUAUACUUGAUCUAGAAAAACUGAAACUAGGAAACAUGACUGAGGAAACAUUAACAUAACAUCAACCCAUAGAAAAGUCUCCACUUUUCAUUGUGUGUUUCUGUACUUGUGUGAGAAGAUGUUCCUGUGUGGACUGUGCCUGGCCUGGGCCCCCAGCCCCAGCAAGCCUGACAGCUGCUGCUGGACCAAGUGCCUGACCUCCAGCUCCUGGGCACUGUGUGAGGCGAGGCCUUGUGAGCUGUCACUCAUGGAUUAUGUGAAAACUGCUUAGAACGGCAGCUGGGUAGGAAGCUCAUGUCUGCAGGAGCAACAGAUGACACUCAGCAGCACAGCGCAGUGAGGACAGGUGUCUUUGCCCAUGUUCUUCCCACAAGAGGAUUUAGGAAAGACGAAGAGCAGCAGAGUGCAUGCUUGUGUGAGGCAUUUUCAAUCUGUUCUAUAUCUGAUUCUCAGGGAUGGGAUGCCUGCCAAGUAGGGCAUGAUCUCUGUUGUGCAUGAAGUGACUUCACCAAAAGCUAAAGGAGCGAAAGUUAGUGGGGAAGAGGGAGCUAGUGACUAGGGGGUUGGAUGUAGGGCCAUUGUGGCAGAAGGGAAAAAGUCAUAGCAGGUGACUGGUGGAGGAGAAAUGGCUCCUGAGCUAUGGCUGUGGCCUCAGUUCCUCACCCCAGGCAUAGGGAGGCAGUAGUCAAACCUAACCUCACAGCCACUGUCCAAAGGGAAAGCCCAUAGUCAGGACGGUCUUUGGUGUGUAGAGAAUGUUGAGAGACCUUCUUUCAUGAAGAAGGGUGCAUGUAGACAAGUCCAUCAGUGUGUCCUUUGUGUUGGAACUUCAGAUGAUUUCUCUGUGGGAUUGUUGGCUUCUACCCUAUGAUUCUCCUCAAGCUACGUGUGACCCAUGUAUGCGUGUCUGGGUGUAUGUGGUUGUGUGUUGCGUGGAUGUCAAUCAUAGGGCUAUGCAACAAAAGACACAUUUAAUAGAAACAAAACACACAAGACCACCACUUGGUCUAGAGUUUCAGCAUGAUUGUGACCAAACCUUUUUAUAGAAUUUCCUUAUGUGAAGGCACAACACUCUGCAACUCUAAUGGUAACAGAGUAUUUUAAUCUGAUAGGGUAAAAUUAUGCAGGAAUCUUGGUCUGUGCAUGUGACUCUGUGCUCACGUUGCAAAGUAGAAGGAUGUGCAUUUCAAUACUGUUUUGUCUUUGUUCCUCCAGCCCAUGUUAUCUUGGGUGUCAAAAUGUAUACAUUCCAUGUAGAACCACAGUAGUCUCCCAGGCAGUCAUGGGUCAAGAAUAUUCUUUUCUAGACUCAUACAACCUAGCUAGCUUGCCUGGAUUCUUUUAGGCAUUGGCAUUCAUGAAAUUACAAGAAGGGAAAGGGGUCUUAUUUUCCUAACUAGGUUUGUUUCUGUACUGUCUCUUCUCAAGUUACUGUCUGUUUCCUCUAAAAUAUAGUGAGUUGCCAAAUUUGAAAUGCAUCAACCAGCUAUCUGCAUCUGAAAUCUGUCAAGCGGUGGCUGUACUUCGAACAAGUUAUGUGUGCAUGUAAAAUAUAUACAUAUAUACAUUAUACAAGUAUGUGCAUGAAAUGUAUAUCUUCAUACUUUUUGAUACAAUGUAUUCAUUUGUUAAUUUUUAAUUAUAUUUGAUAUAAAUUGAAGGUUUGUUGUAAAACUUUAUAUUUAACAACAGUGUUAAAGAGAGAGAGAGAGAAGUCCCAGCCAUGCAAACCAAUUGGGACCUACUUUUAAAAAUCCUGUGAUUAGUUUACUGCCUGAGUAGUAUUUACAAGCCAAAAUUUGGAUUCUGGUAUUGUUUCUACAGUGACCUUUUGUAUGAAGCAAAAGUCCUUGGAUUAAAAUAAAAACUUA